GAUAUAAUUAAAAGAUUUGUUCUGAAACAGACAAAGCUGCGGUUCGAUAGGAGGAUGUAAACUUGUGUUCUAAAAUUGGAAUAUAUGUCUAUGGCGUAUUCCAUGGCUAGUGCGAUCUGAAACAAGACCGAGGGAAACAGUGACCGCCAGGAGGACAACUUAAGAACAGACAAACAGAAAGCCAACUGUAAACUGCAAAAAACAAUUAUAUGAAACUAACUACCGUUAGUGCUAUUCUUGAAAGAAUCCUGGAAUUUAGGAAAAUUCGUUUGUUUCCGAAACGCUUUGAAUAAACACAUCUGGAAUAUUCGAACGGGAAUAUUUGAAACGCUUUUGCCAAUUAUUUACCCUGCUUGCAUUACUGUUCUUUGUUCUUAGUCGUAAAAUUGCCUUGUUAAGAUGCUUCACCAUUAUAAUGGUUUGAGAUAUUGAGAUUCUUGAAAAAGGUGAAUUCAUGUUGGCAUAUGCUAGGCAUAACAUUUUAAUAGUAAGUAUCAAAUUGAGAAUUAUAUUUGCCAUACUAAUGAUUAAUGUUCAACCAGAGUAUUGUUUCACUUGGUAAACAGCGAACUCGAAUGAAACUGUUUAACAAGCCAAAUCUUAAUUGAUUACACAUGCUAAUGUUGAGAUGUUUCAAUGGAUAGGCGUUUGAUCCAUUCAACAUAAAAAUCAUAAACUUACUGUGAAACACACAUAGGAUAAACCUUCGGAUGUUUGAAAUUUGAUUCAAAAGACCUCACUUCUAAAGUGUAUAAACGUACACUUUAAGAUACGUGAUUAAAACGUAUUCAACCUUAUUUCGCAUUGGAACAAUUCAUACAUUAAAAGUUUCUUGGAAAGGAACGAAGGGAAAUAGUUAAUAUGUGAAAAGACAAUGCUACAUUAAUCACCUAUAUUAAUAGGCGAUCAUAUGGCAAAAUUAACUGCUGUCUGAGACAAUUUUGCUAUAUAAUUACCUAACUAUCUAUAAUCAAGAUGGACAUGGGAGAUGGUAAUAAGACAGUGAACAUUUCCGGCGACAACUAUCUCAUUUCACCAGAGCUUCGCGACGGAAGCAACAAUGGGACAGACUGUUUUGAAUGGUGGUGCUUUGAACAUGAGACUCUUGUUGUUCUGGAAGCCGUGGCCAUCAUUCUGAGUUUAGUCGGCAGCUUUGGAAAUUUAAUAACCGUGAUUGCCAUACUAUUCACUAGCCUCAGAUACAGCGUCAACUGUAUCUUAAUAGGCAGUCUCAGCUUCGCUGGAUUUUUGUACUGCUCGCUAAUCAUGUCGAUGCAAGCGGUGAUAUUCCAUAGGAAAUCUCACAACAUAGCACAGGAUUUCUGCUCUGCAGCAGGAGGAAUUCGUUAUACUCUCACUGGAGUGAUAAUGACACAUUUAGCUGCCAUCGCAUUGUACAGGUUUCUAAAUGUCGUCUAUAUCAACAAGUACAGAUAUAUGUCAGAAAACCGACAACUCGUCACUUCUCUUGUAGUUUGUUGGGUGUUGCCCUUGGUUUUCACCAUUCCACCUACGGCUCGAGUAUGGGGUGCAUUCCAAUUUCAGUCCCAGAUUCUCUCCUGUACAUUUGACAAAAAGGCUGACCAAAGUAACAGAGUUGUCAUGGUAACCGCUGGUUUUAUUGUACCGUGUCUUUUUAUCAUAUACUGCUACGCUCGCAUAGGAUGUACCGCUUAUAGAAGUUUAAAACGUGUUAGUCGAUGGAAGGGCAACUCUCCCCAGUCAAAAGCAAUACGAAUGUCAACAAUGAUGAUGUGUAUAUUUUUAAUAUUUUUCCUCGGUACCUUUCCCUACUUUGUUUUAAACGUGACUGACAAAGGUUUCAAACACCCUAUUCACCACAUUUGGACAACUAUGUUUGCUUGGGUGUUGUACUGUUGCAACCCUGUAGUGUACACAUUGAUGGACACUAACUUCAGGAUGGCGUACAAGAAAAUAUUGAUGGGUGAAUGUGAAAGGAAUCCCGUGCGGAGAACCGGAAGUUCAUUUGCACGUGCAGCUUCUGCUAAAAUAUAAAAUAUUGCAAUCGUUUCUUUGUCAUUAUUUUACACUUGAAUGUCCUAUUUAACAAACAUUAUGUAGAGUCUUUGCAUGUUUCCCUCACGAUUUAAAAAGCGAUAUUUAUUUUUUACAACUGUAUAUCCUUUUCUAUCUGCUUGUACUUUCGUUUAAAGGACAGGAACAGCUUUAAGCUGGUUUUCAACAGUCUUAACUUAUACAUAUUAUGUUACAAUAUCUUAUUUUAUGUUUUAAACUAAUAAUUACAAACAUAAUGAAAGCAUUUUUUUUCAGUCUUAAGCGGAGUCUUAAAUGUCAAUUAUUUGACACAUUAUGUGAUAUUACAUAAUAUGUACACUUUGUAUUCAAUAAUAUUGUUAAAACGUUAAAUUCUUGUGAUUUGUCGAUAAUUGUUGAUAGUUGAUGAAAAUUAAAAUGAA